CGAAAGGGUUUAAACGUUAAAUGUCCUUCGAGAGAGUCGAUCGGACAAAGGGAACGUCUGUGGGAAGGCGAUCCAGGCGGUUGGGAGGCCCGCCCCGGGCUCGGGGUCCUGUGCGAGCGGCGGCGCGUGCGGCGGCGGCAGCGGCAGCAAUGGAGGAGUUGGAGCCGCCGGAGACGAAAAUUGUGGGAGUGGACCCCGGUCACCACAACAUGGGAUUUGAAUGGGGUCCUGUGGAAAUUCUUGUCUAUCCAAUAAAACGCAAAGGAGCAGAUAUUCCGACUCCUUCCGGAGGUUCCUCCGCAGCUCCCGCUAUUCAGGUGGUGCGUAAAGACAAAGACAUUUACUCGCCCAUUCUACGCAAACUCUUCAAUGAGUCACACGGGAUCUUUGUCGCCCUCCAGACCACCAAGAAGGAAAAUGUCGCCAAAGCUCGCAAACUGCAACUGGUCAGAGUCAGCAGAAACUACCGUUCAGUGAUGAGAGCUUACAUGGAGGAACUGCACAAAGUAUCGGAAACUGUUCAUCACGAUCCCGCCCUGUUCACCCAGUUUGAAAAUCAGGUUUCCAUUCUGUCUGCCAUGGAGCUGAUCUGGAAUCUUUGUGAGGUUCUGUUCAUUGAGGCAGCUCAAGCUGGGUUUCUCCUGUUGCAUCUGUUAGACUGGGUACGUCUGCACGUGUGCCAGGUGGACAGCAUGGCUCCAGAGGUUCUGGCCAGUGAUAGUCCCACAGAACAUCGCAGCUACUGGGACGUGGUCACUGGCUACGUGCUGCAGGGCAGGAUAGAGGAGGCUCGGCAGAUGUUGGCGAAGAAGGCCUUGCUCGCUCCAUCAGCGCAUUCCAUGUACGUCAGCAUGGAUGAUCUACUGAAGAAGAUGCCUGUUUUCAUGCCUGCAAGCUCUCAGACACUGACGGAGUUUGAGUUAAAGUGGCGGCACUGGCAUGAGGAGUGCCAGCGAUGUCUGAGAGAGGGAACCUUUGCCUCCAGCGAUGCCCUGCAGUUAAUCUGUCAGAUCCUAUUAGGAGACGAGAAGGCAUUACUAGAGAAGAAAGAUCUCCUGACCACGUGGUAUCAUUACCUAGUCACUAAGUUGCUGUACUCUCAUCCCUCAGUAAAACCCACUGACCUGCAUCACUUUGCAGAGGUCUGUCUCGAUCAGUUUACCAGAGACUCGAACGGUCCUGAUGCCCUGGACAGGAUCCUGUUAUCAGCCUUCGAGUUCAACAUCCACCAGGUGCUGAAGGACUGCAGCGUCGCUCUGAGUAACUGGUGGUUCGUGGCACACCUGACAGACCUGCUGGAUCACUGCAGCCUUCUACAGUCCCACAACCUCCACUUUGGUUCAAAUCUGCGAGAGUUCCUGAUCCUGGAGUAUGCCUCUGGCCUCUUCUGUCAUCACAGCCUCUGGCAGCUGGCCACAGACUAUUUUGAUCACUGCCCGGAGUUUGGUCGUGUUUACCUGGAGCUGCACAUUGAGCGAGUGCCGCUGAACACUGAACGCAAGGCCCUGAAAGUGCUGAGGAUAUGUGAACAGCGACAGAUGAAUGAGCAAGUGAGGAGUAUCUGCAAGAUCAUGGCUAUGAAGGCCGUGCGCAACAACCGGCUGGGCUCAGCGCUGUCCUGGAGCAUCCGAGCGAAAGACGCCGCCUUCGCAACUCUCAUCUCUGAUAGGUUCCUGCAGGAUUACUGCGCUCGGGGCAGCUUCUCUGACCUGGACCUGAUCAACAACCUGGGCUCAGCUAUGCUGCUGAGUGACCGGCUGACCUUCCUAGGGAAAUACUGCGAGUUCCACAAACUGUACGGAGAGAAGCGUUUCCCCGAGGCGGCCAGGCUGCUGCUGUCCCUGAUGACCGCUCGCAUCGCUCCCCGCUCCUUCUGGAUGACUCUGCUCGUGGACGCACUCCCUCUGCUGGAGCAGAAACAGGUCAUCUUUUCCACGGAGCAGACGUAUGAGCUAAUGCACUGUCUGGAGGACGUCACAACAGCACAGGCUGAGAGCAAGCAAGAAAGCAGAAGGAUAGCAGACGAGGACGACGUGGAGAGCACGAAGCUGGAGCUGCUUCGCCUCGCCUUCACACGCAACCUGGCCAAAGCCAUCGUUCAGGAGGGGACGCUGCCUGGCUCUUGAGGGCGACAGGAACCUGACCUCACUGUGCUGUACCUGCCUGUGUGCACUACGUCCAACUGUAAAUUAAUCACUUUUUUCACUUUUUGGUUUUAAAUCCCCCGGAAUAAAUGCAAAUUAAAAUAUAUUUGUACC